AUGGGAUUGUCAAAUCUGGAAGUUGCAAAAAUCUUAUCCACAGCACCUUAUAUUCUAGAACGGAGCCUCGAAAACCAAAUCAUUCAAUGUGUUCAAGAGCUUAGGCGGAUUCUUGGGACUGACGAGAAUGUCUUACUGGCUAUAAAGGCACGCACAGGAUUGUCACUGAAUCCAAGCCAUGGUGUUCCCCGGUCAUUGGUUUUGAAGAUGUUUUUUAUUAAACCAAAAUCGAUGCUUCUGAGUAAUAAUCACUUUAGUGAGAUUGUUCAUGAAGUUACGAGAUUGGGUUUCGAUCCCAAUAAUCUGCCAUUUGUUCUAGCCAUCAGUUCCAUGGCACAAAAUGGUGAAACAUUGUGGGAGCAAAAGGUGAAAGCAUUUAAAAGUUUUGGUUUGUCGAAGGAUGAGAUUUAUUCAGCAUUCAAGUUGCAACCCAUGUGUAUGAAUUCUUCAGAGAAGAUGAUCAACAAAUUGAUGGAUUUCUUUGUUAACAAACUGAAAAUGAAGCCUUCGAUGAUCUCCAAGAAUCCGAAUCUUCUGCAGCUGAGCUUGGAGAGGCGGAUUAUUCCGAGGUGUUCAGUUAUGCAACUUUUGAUAUCCAUGGGGUUGGUUAAGGAAGAUACCAACAUUGUUCAUAUGUUCAAAAUGACUGAGAUGAAAUUUGUGGAGAAGUUUGUGAGCAAGUAUCAGAAAGAGGUUCCUAAUGUUAUCAAUGAGCACUACGGAAAGAUAGAAUUUCAAGGGUUCCUUACAGAUUUAAAAAUGUGA